ACUCAAAAACAAAAACCCUCACUACCAAGUUAAGAAAUAAAUAAUGGUUUCAUCUUCAGCCAGCUUCCUCCUGUCUUUCUUGUCAAUGCUUCUGGUUCUUCUAGCUCGAAGCAGUAAUGGAGCAAGAAGAGAGGCUGGGGCAGACCAAUAUUGGAUAAAUGUAAUGAAAGACAACACUAUGCCCCAAGCCCUAGAAGACCUUCUUCCUCUGGGCACCAUAUCGGUGCCACCUCUAGUUCCCGAAGGAAAAAGAGCAACCGACGAUUGUCACACGGAAAAAAUAUCAGGCCUCACAGAUGAGUUUGAACCGAGACCUAAUCUAUCUGCCUAUCCCGAUUACAAAAAAGAUGAAGCACCAGAAAAGAAAUCGUUUUCAGAAGACUUUGAGCCCAGACCCAGUAUAUCCUCCUAUCCUGGUGAAAAAAAAGAUGAAACACGAGGAAAGAAGUCGUUCUCUAAGGACUUUGAGCCGAGACCAAAUUUAUCUAGCUAUCCCGAUGACAAAAAAGAUGAAGUACAAAAGAACAAGUUGUUUUCUGAUAACUUUGAACCAAGGCCUAAUCUAUCGGUGUAUCCCGGUGACAAAAAAGAUGAAGCACAAAAUAAAAAAUCAUUUUCUGAUAACAUGGAGCCGAGGCCUAAUAUAUCUGCGUAUCCUGGUGACAAAAAAAAUGAAGCACACGAGAAAGAGUCGCUUUUUAAGAACUUUGAUUGAAAAUAAGUGACGAGCCAUCAUGAUCACAAAAUAGACUGAACAAUAAGGAAGACAUUGUUUGAUAAGAACUCAAGACUUGAUUGGUAAAGAUCUUGAAACCAUAAAGGACAGUGAUCAUGAAAAAGAAGUUGGUUGUAAAUUUUACCAUUUGUGCAUGUGUGACAAGAUUAUCUCUCCCGGGAUUUCUCUUUGUUUUCUUAAUUUGAAUAAUAUUUAUGUUGGUGUGUAA